AUGCGCGUGGUGGUGGUCGGCGCCGGGGUCAUCGGACUCUCCACCGCCCUCUGCAUCCACCAGCGCUACCACUCGGACCUGCAGCCGCUGGACAUGAAGGUCUACGCGGACCGCUUCACCCCGCACACCACCACCGACGUGGCUGCCGGGCUCAUCCAGCCCUACGUCUCCCCGCCCGACGACCCCCGGGAAAUGGACUGGAACCAGCAGACCUUUGACUACCUACUGAGUCAAAUCCAUUCUCCCAGUGCUGACAAAAUGGGCCUGGCCUUAAUCUCGGGCUACAACCUCUUCCGUGAAGCUGUUCCGGACCCUGUCUGGAAAGACUUAGUUCUGGGAUUUCGGAAGCUGACCCCCAGAGAGCUGGACAUGUUCCCUGAUUAUGGCUAUGGCUGGUUCAACACCAGCCUGAUCCUGGAUGGCAGGACCUACCUCAAGUGGCUGAUGGAAAGGCUGACUGAGAGGGGCGUGCAGUUCUUCCUGCGGAAGGUGGCGUCUUUGGAGGAGGUGGCAAGAGGAGGCGUGGAUGUGAUCAUCAACUGCACCGGGGUGUGGGCUGGGGCGCUGCAGCCAGACCCUCUGCUGCAGCCAGGCCGGGGACAGGUCAUUCGGGUGGAAGCCCCGUGGAUGAAGCACUUCAUUAUCACCCAUGACCCAGAGAGAGGCAUCUACAAGACCCCGUACAUCAUCCCAGGGAGCCAGACGGUCACUCUGGGCGGCAUCUUCCAGCUGGGGAACUGGACGGAGCUGAUCGAUACCCAGGACCACGACACCAUUUGGGAAGGCUGCUGCAGACUGGAGCCCACGCUGAAGAAUGCGAGACUCGUCGGUGUGGGUGCUGGCUUCCGGCCUGUGCGUCCCCGGAUCCGGCUAGAGAGGGACCGGCUCCCUGGGGGACCUGCAGACACAGAGGUCAUCCACAACUAUGGCCACGGAGGCCAAGGGAUCACCAUUCACUGGGGCUGUGCCCUGGAGGCAGCCAAGCUCUUUGGCAAGAUCCUGGAGGAAAGGAAGUUGUCCAGGGGGCCACUCUCCCACCUCUGA